AUGGCGCAAAUCGGCGACGUGGUGCCGAGCCACUUCAACCCCAGCAUCGUCACAGCGUCCUACUUUGCCAGCCUGUGUGGCUGCUUGCUCACCGUGGAGCUGCUGCACCGGCGAGGAACAGGUGUUUCCAAUUGGAGAAGCUGGGCGGAAACCUUUGCCUGCGCAGCCGCACUCGGAGCAAUCGGAAUAUGGUGUAUGCACUUCAUCGGUAAUCGUGCAAUCAUCCUCGGUGAUGGCACAGCGACGAUCCAGCUUGUCUACAGCCCAGGAUACAGCACGCUCUCGGUCUUCCUACCCAUCAUCGGACUCUCCUUCGCUUUCGCCGCGGCCGAGUUUCCCUCACGAUCACCUUUUCUCCACUGGUCAGCACUCACCUGUACCGGCGUCUUCGCAGGCCUCUCAGUGGUGGGCAUGCACUACAUUGGCAACUUCGGCAUCUCGAACUACAAACUCCAAUACGUUUCAAGAUACUUGGCAGCAUCUGUGGUCAUUGCGAUCGGAGACUGCUUGGCGGUCUUGAUGCUCUUCUACACAUGGCGCGACAAGUGGAUCAGCGACUGGUGGAAGCGCCUGUUGUGCGCGGUGGCCCUCGCUGGAGGUGUCUCGGCCAUGCAUUUCACUGCCUCGACCAAUUGCAUCUACGAACUCAAGCAUUACAACUCACACGAGGCGAUCCGCUCAAGAGAUGUCCAAGUCAUCAUUGCGGGCAUACUCUGCGGCACUGCUGGCCUCAUCGUAAUGUGCGUGCUCAUGUUUACGCGCCACCGCGACAGGGUGCUCAAGAGAAGCUCUCAGAAGGUCAUGCUGGCGUGCGCGAUGUUUGACCCCGAUGGACGUGUCCUUGUCACCACAGAAGGUGUCCUUCCAGCCCGCGAGAUCACCGACAAGUACAAUCACCGCACUUUCGACGAAGACUUCGACACAGCACAUCAGGUUUUCCAAUGGAUCUUUCGUGUCUCGCACAACUGGUCAGGAGUCUCAGAUCUGAUCCCAAGGAUGAAGAGCCAUCUAGGCGCUCGCAGCGACGACAGUGAGGACAGCUCCAGGCCAGGCAGUUCCAAAUCAAGCUCGCAAUAUGACCUCGAAGCCAUCACCGACUACUCCAUCUUCUUCCGCGAGCGAUUUUGCACGGCAGCGGCUUCUCUGGCAGCAUCGAUGCACAUAUCAAUCGAGAACAUUGGCGUGCUGUACGACAAGAUCAUCGAGACUGGUACACUUAAGCCUGAAGAUCGGGUCGGAAAGCGCAACAACCCGCAUCAAAGCCGCGACGACCUUGAACUGGCACUGCGCCACAGCAUCUUUGGCAAAGGCCAGCUGCUCUUCCUGACUCGCCAACUCGAUGCAGACCAGACCGACAAGCUCUUGAACACCGGCUUCAGAUUCGCCAGCGUCCAGCAUGUCGGCCGCAACUUUGCAGAAGCAAUGCAGAUCCCUCUCGCAGCUAUCGAGGUUCACAUGGAUAAUCUCAGGCAGUAUGUGGAGAACACAUCUUCUGCGGGGAAGGCUGGUACAUGGCUCAGCGUCUUUGCCAUCGUUCCCAAAGCCAACAGCAAAGGCUUUGAUGUGGUGGUGAAGCGGACUGAGCAAGACCAGCUGCCAGAUGUGCAACUGCUGCCAGGCGACGUACAGCCAUAUCAAGCGCGAUUCCUCCAGCGACUAGACGGUGUCUGUCCUACCAUCGCCAUGGACUUCCUGGAAGACCACGAUCGCAAGGACCUCCGCAGAACCCCACAGGAACAACACUUCGCAAAGGUCGCGUUGCACGCCAUGGAUGCUCUCAGCAAGCAAGUUCCAAGUGCAUGGUUCCAGCACGCCCGCUUCGUCGGGAAGCCAGUAUACGCCAACUACUCCCAGCCCACCGGCGCCGACACUCCCAUCACCACCAUCUUCUCCCUCGUCGUCUGCGCGGACGCCCACACCUCAACCGAAUCUUGCAACAACAUCGCCCGUGUCCCGCUCUCCUUCUUCACCGCCCGCCAGCAAUGCACCGCCGGCUCCCCCAAUCACCUCGUCCUCACCCGCGACAUCCACCAAGAAUUCGGCCCCCUCCUCACCCGCAAAGGCGCCGCGAAGAACACCCCUUCACGCGAGAAGCGAUUCCUGACGCAUAAGUCCAAGACAAACCCAUCUACUCGACGGCCCUCCGCGCAAUCCACCAGCGAGCGCUCCGAUACUGAGUACUCCUCCGACACGCUCGAGCUCGUCGACAAGCCGCGUGCUUUCGGCGUCAGCGUGACCGACACCACUGCCGGGGCCGAGAGGGACAACGUCUGGGGCGGAAUCCUGGUGAACAGCGAGACGGUGAUGCGGUCUGAUGAGAAGAAAGAGGGGAGUGCGGGAGUGAGCAUGCAUGAUUUAGGGAUUCGGGUUGCGGUGGGAACCUCGAGGAUGGAGGCGACGUGGGUGGAUGAGUUGUUUGCAGUUGCGAGGGAAGCGAUGAGUUCGAGGAGUGGAUGA